AUGUCGAAAACAGCAUUGAUCGAAGACACACAGACUCUCAAGGCUGGAAAGGAGAAGAAAAGCGAUGCCAUUGAGUGCACGCGAGCUUUUGAAAAGGAAGACGGACUUUACGCUGCUGAUGAAUUCUUGGACCCUCCUCCGGAUGGUGGUUACGGUUGGGUAUGCUGUACUAGCGUCGCGCUCAUGAAUUUCGCAACUUGGGGCCCUAACACUUGUUAUGGUAUCUUCUUGUCGUACUUUUUAUCGUCAGAUUAUUUUCCGGGAGCCACUCCCACGGAUUUCGCUAUCAUCGGCAGUAUCGUGAUAGGGCUCACUCUGCUUCUGCUACCGUGGGCAGCGGCGUGUAUGAGUCUUUUCGGGUACAAGCCAACACUGACAUUUGCAGUCGUGCUGGAAGCUGUUGCGUUCAUUUCCAGCUCUUUUGCGCAAUCCAUAGGUGCUCUUUAUGUCACUUACGGUGUGCUGUUAGGAAUAUCGUUUGGCUUCAUCUUCGGCUCCAAUACCAUUGUUAUCCCCAGUUGGUUUUUGAAAAAAAGAGCACUCGCCAACGGUUUCGGCCAGCUUGGUAUUGGUCUCGGUGGUCUAGUCUUUUCUUUCGCGGUACAUGCAAUGAUCGAUCACACUGGCGACCACAGGUGGGCAAUGCGUAUGUUGGCAAUUGUCACCUUCUCUAUCAAUAUUAUAUCGCUGUGCUUUGUGCAAGUGCGCAAACCCCUCAAUGGUGAAGAGGAAAAGAAAGGCCCUGUGGAGAUUUUAAAAAAGUCCUUCGAUAAAUCCGUUCUCAAGGACGUCUCGCUUCACUAUUGUGCAAGUUGGUCGUCAUUUACCACCAUAGGAUACGUCAUUUUAUUGUUUUCCAUCUCAAACUAUGCUCUAUCGAUGGGAAUGACCGCUCAACAAGCAACCGUUGCUCUCGCAAUAUUCAACGGUUCUCAAGCAAUAGGAAGACCUUUUAUGGGAUGGUUUUCAGAAAGUGUUGGAAGGUGCAAUGCAACGAUUAUUCUUAUGGUCUAUGAUUUGAUUUUAAUUUUACCAUUUUGGUUCAAUAUCACCAAGUUUAAUGAGCUCGUUCCGUUCUGUAUUUUGCUUGGAUUUGGCGCAGGCGUGGGAUCGGUAAAUGUCGUACCAUUGGUUUCUGAUGUAGUCGGAAUACAGAGAUUUGCAGCCGGAAUAGGGUACGUGUUUUUUGGAAACGGUGCAGUAUCGAUCUUUGCCGAAAUCGCUGGACUGAAACUAAGAAACUUCUCUUCUCGAAAACCUUAUCUGCGAUGUCAGAUUUUUGUCGCCUGCAUGUAUUUUUGCGGUCUCAUAUCUCUGUUUCCGUACCGCGAGUGGAAGAUGCGGCGUGUUCUCAAUGCUCGCAUCAACAACGUCGAUGAUAACGAUGAACUGCAAGGAAUUUAUCAGAAGCUAUUGCACCCGACGUGGUACAAUUAUUUCAAGCGUAUGUUCUACAGCUCCAAGAUUUGA